AUGAAAGCUUCAUUAGCAGUUCAGUUAAUUUUAAUUGUUAAAUUAGUUUUGUGCAUUAAUUGUGAUUCAGAUUCAAAGACGAGCGAUGACGAUAAAUGUGAAAUUCACUUGGAAUACUUUCAAGAAUCGUUAAUGCAACAUGAAAUGUGGGCAAUCGAAAUGUUUGAUUCGUGGACGAAAUUUCAAUCUGGGGCGUUGUUCGGAAAUCGUGUUGAUUUCGGAAAUUAUGAACAAUGUUUGGAUUUUCAUCAUGAAUCUAACGAUUCAAGGGUUGGCACUAUAAACACUCAACAUUGUCUAAUAUAUUAUGAAGCGACGGAAAAUAUUGAAGCCUUUGAUUGGUAUGACAUUGGAAGUAUUUUGAGACAAAAACAUCUGCGUCUAGGUGGUGGCGUUUGUUUACCAUCGUCAUGUUCUGCAACGAGAAUUCAAUCAUUCAUAAAUGAUUUCAUAAAAUCCGCUGACUUACGACUUGCAAAGGAUUAUGAUCAAAGUGAAUGGUGCACGAUUGGUGAACGUGAAGCUUUUAAAACCAUCGACAUCGUUUGUAUGUAA